AUGUCGGCGUGCGUCGGCGCGUGUUGCGGACAGUGCGUCGCGUCGUCGCUCUGUUCGUGCCCGUGCUGGGGAGAGAAGAGACGGACGGCGAGGAAAGAUGGCGACGAGGACGUCGAGCGGGCGAGCGAGAGGCGUGAGCCGAUGACGCCUCGAGCGUGGCGCGGGGUCUACGCCUCGGCGUUCGUCGCGGCGGGCGUCGCGACGUGGAUUUUACGCGAUGCGGGUGGGGCGCGCGAGAUCGGAAAGGCGUUCGAUUGGAAGUGCGCUGACGCGGGUUUGACUCGGAGCUGCGCGCACGAGGCGGCGACGCGAACGAUGCUCGGGAGCUCGUUGUUCUUCGCGCUCAUGCUCGUACUCACGCUGGGGACGAGGGAGGUUGAGAUUGGUGAGAACGGUGGGAAGAGCGCGAGAGCGAGGUGGAACGAGUCGUAUUGGCUGGUGAAGGCGGUUUUGUGGGUGGGACUGACCGUCGCCGCCUUAGCAAUGCCCAUCGACGACUACGAGGGACUAGUGAAUGCCGAUAGAUUCUUCGCGGCGGUGUUUCUAUUGAUUCAGUUGAUAGUUUUGUUCGGAUGGGUGUACGACGUGAACGAGAAACUCAUGACCGGGAUGGAAGAGGGACGAUCCGGAUAUCUGGCGAUGUUGCUCUCGAGCUCGCUCGCGCUCUACGGCGCCGCGUUCACUUUGAUUGGAUUUUUGUACAAGUACUGGGCGCCGUCGAAGGAGUGUUCGCGAAAUAUCGCGAUGAUCACGUGUAUGUUGAUCCUUUGCGUGAUAUUUUCCGUGAUUUCUUUGAAUGGCAAGGUAAACGGCGGUUUGUUCACGAGCGGAGCGAUGACGUUUUACUGCGUCUACAUCCUCGCCUCGGCUCUCGCGUCCGAGCCGGCGAAUUACGAAUGCGCACCGACGACGAUGAACGACAGUUUGAGCUCGGCUUUAUCCAUCAUUGGUUUCGUCAUCGCCCUGUGCGCUCUCGGAUACACUGCGCACAACGCGUCGAAGACGAGCGCCCUGGCGGGAGAGCGCUCGGGUGUAGACGAGGACGACCCCACGUCUCGAUUCAACAUCACGUACUUCCACGCCGUCUUCUUCACCGCCAGCUCGUACUGUGCCAUGCUCUUCGUCGAUUGGAACGAUGGCUCGAACGCUAACGGCGCCGGUUGGGAAAGCGCCUGGGCCAAGGUGGCGUGCGCGUUCGUCUCCGCGGCGCUGUACACCUGGGCUCUCAUCGCUCCCAAGGUGCUCAAGAAUCGCGAGUUUAGGUAG